GGGAACAGGGGCAGGGGCUGGGGUAGGGACAGCGACGACGACGACGGUGUCCGUCAGGUGAACGAAGACGCGAGCGUGCGAGAAACGUGCUCUCGCGCCCUACCAGGCGCCACCACGAAACAGGGGUUGAGUCUGGAUCUUAUUUCGGCCGAGCGCUCCAUACCUCGCAUCCAAAGUGGCUAAGAGCGUAAGUCCUCGUCGAGUGCACCAGGAGUGCUCGAGCGGCGGAGAGGUGCAGGUGCAGGUGCAGCAGGACCGACUAGCACCGAGGCGCAUGCCUUACCGGGGGCUCGACAGGACGACCCGGCUGUCCACCAUGUUUUACACGGUCGAAGUCGGGGACACCAGGUUCACUAUUCUCAAGCGAUACCAGAACCUGAAGCCGAUCGGCUCUGGUGCCCAGGGGAUCGUUUGCGCGGCGUACGACACGCUUACCGCUCAGAACGUGGCGAUCAAGAAGCUCUCGAGACCUUUUCAAAACGUGACGCACGCGAAAAGGGCCUACAGGGAAUUCAAGCUAAUGAAAUUGGUCAACCAUAAAAACAUCAUCGGUCUUCUGAACGCGUUCACGCCGCAACGAUCGUUGGACGAGUUUCAAGACGUGUACCUGGUGAUGGAGCUGAUGGACGCGAACCUGUGCCAGGUGAUACAGAUGGAUCUGGAUCACGAGCGCAUGUCCUACCUUCUGUAUCAAAUGCUAUGCGGCAUCAAGCACUUACACUCCGCCGGUAUCAUUCACAGGGAUUUGAAGCCGAGCAACAUCGUCGUCAAGUCGGACUGCACGCUCAAGAUCCUCGAUUUCGGGCUGGCGAGAACCGCCGGGACGACGUUCAUGAUGACGCCGUACGUCGUCACGCGGUACUAUCGAGCGCCAGAGGUGAUCUUGGGCAUGGGCUACAAGGAGAACGUGGACAUCUGGUCGGUCGGAUGCAUCAUGGGCGAGAUGAUACGGGGCGGCGUACUCUUUCCCGGCACGGAUCACAUCGACCAGUGGAACAAAAUAAUUGAACAACUUGGAACGCCGGCGCAGGAGUUCAUGCAGCGGCUGCAGCCGACGGUGAGGAAUUACGUGGAGAACAGGCCGCGAUAUCCUGGAUACCCGUUCGACAGGCUAUUCCCGGACGUGCUGUUCCCCUCGGACUCCUCGGAGCACAAUAGAUUAAAAGCCAGCCAAGCCAGGGAUCUAUUGUCGCGCAUGCUCGUCAUCGACCCCGAGCGACGCAUCUCCGUCGACGACGCUCUGCUGCACAAUUACAUAAACGUGUGGUACGACGAGGGCGAAGUCAACGCCCCGGCGCCCGGUCCGUACGACCACAGCGUGGACGAACGGGAGCACACGGUGGAGCAGUGGAAGGAGCUGAUCUACCAGGAGGUGAUGGAGUACGAGACGAGCCACAAUCCGGCGACGGUACCUCAAACGUCAGAGAGCGGCGGCUCCCGGUAGACACGGACCGCGGCCGGGUCUUCGUCAGCCGACUCUUCGAGGACGCAUCCAGACUGUCCGAUCUCUAUCGUAUAAAUAUAUCGCGGGAAUCGAAGGGAGAGUGACGACGAUACAGAAACUGUCUUGCGCGGCCACGUUGGAGAGAGGCGGGCGCCGCAGCCGCCGCCGCCGCCGUCGCCGCCGCCUCUGGCUUCUCCUUCGCGAGACGAACGAAUUAUAAAAAAAAAAGAAAAGAAAGAAAAAACGGUCCAGGCGGGGAACAUGCGAGACGAAUGAGCAGACGAGAGAAUGAACAACGGUUAGUUUUCGAGGAGCGCGCGCGCGCGUGUGCCUGUCGGAACACCGAGCGACGCGAUCACGACGACGACGACGACGACGACGUCGACGACGACGAGAAGCCGACAGAGAUUGAGAGAAAACCGAGAAAAACGUCCGGGAGCGGGAGAGAAAGAAACGAGGGUGCCGAUGCUCCGCCGGUUUUCGAGUCUCGGCGGCGAGAUCGACGAGCACACACCGGACGCGUAACCAUUGUAAUGUAAUAAUAUAUUCCCGCAACCAAAGCAUAGACGCGAUACAGAAGAUAACGCAACGUUCGACGUUGCUUUGCUCGAUCUUGCUCCCCUCUCCGAUCUUAAUCUCCCCCGUGCGAGAAACUCGCGUCCGUUCCCCGCGAUCGAGCUUAAGCAGAGAGAGAGAGACCCGACAGCGCGUCGUCGUCCGACUCUUCGUUUCCUUUCGACUAUUCCGCCCGUGUCGCGUACACCGACGCUUGCGUCUUGUUUCUUUUCUCUCUCAUCCUUUCUCUCUCUCUCCCCCUCUCUCUCUCUCUCUCUCUCUCAUACAUAUAAGCAUACACACAUAGACACACGUACAUAUUUUUCCUCUCUCUCUCUCUCUCUCUCCAGCUAUUUAUCCGUCUCUAUCUUAAUCCGAACCCCCGCUGUCGUCUCCGUCACCGUUCCACGCGCGAUUCGGUGAGAAGCGAAAGCCAGCGAGGAGGAAAGAAAGCAUUACUGCCAUCGGAUCGUCGAAUCGAGUCGAUCGGCUCGCGGCCGACUCGAGCGAUCUCGUCGAAGAACACGCCGGGCCGAUCUCGAAGCGUCCUUUGCGUCCUUGCGCGGCAAUAUCUAUUUUUCGUAUCGUCCUUAGAAUUCGGGAACAAAUCCGCGAUUAAGAAGAUAAAGAAAAACGAAAAUCUGGCGGGAGGCGGCGCGACGAGAUCGCGACGGGGCUCUCGCGAUCCUGCUCGCGCACAUAUCACCGCGAUCAUGCUCGCGCGAUCAUCCUGUUCGCGUUCGAUGACGGUGAUGGCGACACGCGCGCGACGGCAACGCGUCGUCGGCCUCGCACCACCGUUUCGCAGGGCUCGCAGCUUCGCGAGAAGAACGGGACACCCUCUGUUCCGUGGCGACGACCAAGCCACGCACACACAUACACAUACACACACACGCGCGAAACAGUUUUCUACGUGGAACCUCCGUGUAAAGCGUCCGACAUACAGGGUGUGCGGCGAGCACCGAAAUGGCGCCCGACGAGCCAAAGUCCCCGUUUCAAUAAAAACGAACGAAACAAAACACAAGAAAGAAAGAAAGAAGGAAGGAAGGAAAAAGAGUCCGUUCAAAAAGUCCCGAGUCCGAGAACAUUCGAUGCACCGCGAUCGGCCGAGAUCGAAUCGGAACGAGAACAAUCGUGUAUUUUUAUAACGCAGAAACCACCCCCCGCCCCGCCCCACCUCUUUGCGAUACCGCACGCGGCACUGCGCGCGCGCGCGCGCGUGCUUUUUACGUCUGAUAUUUUCUAUACCGCUAACUUUGUAAGAUGAUGCGUCGCGUUCUGUCCGACAUUGUUGCAAACGAUAUUGUAUUCCCCAGGGGGAGGAGAAGGAGGAGGAGGAGGAGGUGUAGGAGGUUACGAACGGGGGGGAAGAAGGAGAAACGGAGGGGGGGACGGAGCGGAUAUCGGCGACGGUGUACACUCUCUACCACCUGUCUCUCUCCAGCUUCUUUUCCGUUGUCGCUUCUCGCGGUCGCAUCGUUCCGGUGGCACACGGUCUCUCCUCGAAUCUUCGCUGUCGACGACGAUCCGCGAAAAAAGAAGAAAAAAAGAAAACGGCAAUAAACGUACGGCGGCACGCCGAGAAUGUAUAUCCACCGAUCAUACCACACGCAGGACAACGCGAGAUUCGUUCCACGAGUUCGAUCCCUCGUUCGCGCAAGAGCUUCUCUUCUCUCUUUUCCCUUCUCGCCGAUGUUUUGCGCGAACAAGGAUCUCUCGCGUCGGACCCGUUCGACUCUUUUGCUCUCUCGCGAGACCGUUC